AUGUUCUCCUGCAUGCUUUCCGACGGCACAUCCACCGAGAGUCCUGUGGUCACUAGUGGCCAGAAGAACCUUUCCGAAGGCACAUCCACCGAGAGUCCUGUGGUCACUAGUGACCAGAAGAACGUUUCCGACGGCAGAUCCACCGAGAGUCCUGUGGUCACUAGUGACCAGAAGAACCUUUCCGACGGCACAUCCACCGAGAGUCCUGUGGUCACUAGUGGCCAGAAGAACCUUUCUGAGAGUCCUGUGGUCACUAGUGACCAGAAGAACCUUUCCGACAGCACAUCCACCGAGAGUCCUGUGGUCACUAGUGGCCAGAAGAACCUUUCCGAUGGCACAUCCACCGAGAGUCCUGUGGUCACUAGUGACCAGAAGGACCUUUCCGACGGCACAUCCACCGAGAGUCCUGUGGUCACUAGUGACCAGAAGAACCUUUCCGACAGCACAUCCACCGAGAGUCCUGUGGUCACUAGUGACCAGAAGAACCUUUCCGACGGCACAUCCACCGAGAGUCCUGUGGUCACUAGUGGCCAGAAGAACCUUUCCGAGAGUCCUGUGGUCACUAGUGACCAGAAGAACCUUUCCAACAGCACAUCCAUCGAGACUCCUGUGGUCACUAGUGGCCAGAAGAACCUUUCCGACGGCACAUCCACCGAGAGCCCUGUGGUCACUAGUGACCAGAAGAACCUUUCCGACGGCACAUCCACCGAGAGUCCUGUGGUCACUAGUGGCCAGAAGAACCUUUCCGACGGCACAUCCACCGAGAGUCUUGUGGUCACUAGUGACCAGAAGAACCUUUCCGACGGCACAUCCACCGAGAGUCCUGUGGUCACUAGUGGCCAGAAGAACCUUUCCGACGGCACAUCCACUGAGAGUCCUGUGGUCACUAGUGACCAGAAGAACCUUUCCGACGGCACAUCCACCGAGAGUCCUGUGGUCACUAGUGACCAGAAGAACCUUUCCGACGGCACAUCCACCGAGAGUCCUGUGGUCACUAGUGGCCAGAAGAACCUUUCCGACGGCACAUCCACUGAGAGUUCUCUGACUCCAACAACUGGAAGUUCUCCCUAUAACUUCCUUCUCUAUUGCUCUUGUUGUUUGUUCAGGUGCUACCCUCACUAG